GAUCUGAUCAGUUUGCUGAGCUGGAGCCCCAGCCCCCAGCCCCAGCCCCAAAUCAGCAGCCUCAGCUCUAGAUGUUUCUGCAAGGCCAGCAGCCAGCUUUCACCUACCCAAGGAGAGAAGAUCCAUCCAAGACGGUGCAGUGCACUGUCCCUGCAGGGACCUCACAGGAGUAACCCAGCUUUAACUUCUUUUGUACCUAUUUGGUUCUAAUUUUUCUGCAUUCGCCUCACCACCCUCGUUACACUUUUUAUUGGGGGGAGGUCUCCUGUUUUCUGGAAUUUCAGUCAUCCUGUCCGGCCCUUCCAUGGCUCCCUUGACCGAAGUCGGUGCCUUCUUGGGCGGCCUGGAGGGCUUGGGCCAGCAGGUGGGGUCGCACUUCUUGCUGCCUCCUGCAGGGGAGCGACCGCCGCUGCUAGGGGAGCGGCGGGGCGCGUUGGAGCGGGGCGCCCGCGGCGGGCCGGGUUCCGUGGAGCUGGCGCACCUGCACGGCAUCCUGCGCCGCCGGCAGCUCUACUGCCGCACCGGCUUCCACCUGCAGAUCCUGCCCGACGGCAGUGUGCAGGGCACCCGGCAGGAUCACAGCCUCUUCGGUAUCCUGGAAUUCAUCAGUGUGGCGGUGGGGCUGGUCAGUAUCAGAGGUGUGGACAGCGGCCUGUACCUUGGCAUGAAUGGCAAAGGAGAGCUUUAUGGCUCAGAGAAAUUGACUUCUGAAUGCAUCUUCAGGGAACAAUUUGAAGAGAACUGGUAUAAUACCUAUUCAUCCAACAUAUACAAACACGGAGACACAGGUCGCAGGUAUUUUGUAGCACUUAACAAAGACGGGACUCCAAGGGACGGUGCCAGGUCCAAAAGACACCAAAAGUUUACCCAUUUUUUACCCAGACCAGUGGACCCAGAGAGAGUCCCAGAGUUAUACAAAGACCUACUGGUGUACACUGGAUGAACCUAGAGCCAUCUGUUUUACAAACACACUUCCUGCUGUUAAGUUACACUGAAGAAGACAUUCAGGACAUCACAGAAUCUGCUUUUCACUGAGACCCUCUACUUGGAAGAACAUUGAGAAGAAGGAAUUAACGUGAAGCAAAGCAAGAUCAUCCUCCUUACAUGGACUGUAGUUCCUUAGACACAAUGGCUCAGUCUUACCAGCUGACUGAAGCUGAAGUCAGUUCAUCUGUGGAGAAUGGGAACCUUGCUGCUGACGGAUGCCUCAUGUCUCUGGAUGAUGUUUACUUGGACAGUUACCUUAAAAACAGAUCCUUCAUGUUGAAGAAGUGGAUUGAGAUGACAUAAUUACUGCCUCAUAGAUUCUAAGGACCUUGUAGAAAGGUUAUAACAUUAUGCAUAAAGAAAUCAAAAUAUUGGAUGACUUUGAUUCACAAAACAUGCCACAAUGAGAUGAAACUUUUCUUUUAGAAGAAUGGACCUAUUUAUACAUUUUUCAAUUUACAAAUAUUUAUUAUAUAUAUUUAUUUAUUAAAGAGUUUAUUUUUACUGGUAUAUGAAGACUAUACAAAAUAAAACAAACAAAAAGA